AUGUCUGAGCCCCUUCAAUUCAGUUCACUGCAAGCGCCAGACGGAGGACGCUGUAGCUUGGUCGCCGAGCUGGAUCAGCUGCCUUGGACGCACCCCGAGCACUUUGCUACAGCAUCAAAGUGCGGUAUUUUCUUCCGUGAACGGUAUGAAUUGACUGGCAAGCUCCAUGAUAUCGCGAGGGCGGUUUAUUACGGGCGGUAUGUUGUCGCGCACAAAGACGGCACUCUGCCAAAAAUCCAGCUCAUGCUGUCUCUCAACAAACGUUUCACGCACGACCAUAACGAAAUCUUUCUCCACGAGAGCAUGAGCCUGUUCAACGAUGUCACUGAUGCUGGCAAUUUGUCGGAACUUCUAUCUCAUGCCGGUGAUGCGAAUCUCGUAACGUGCCUGGCACAAACGCAAAAGCUGCGUUACUUCUACAUGGGAAGCAGCAAGAAGGCUCCAGUUGACCUCGACUCACGGCUAUUUGCAGACCGUGAGCACCAUAUGGCAAUGCCAUUUGAUGUACGUCUCCGUCGGGCUAAGGACAUUAAUCCUGGUGUAGAUGUCAAUUCUCCGGAUGCGAAGCGGGCAGAUCGGCUCUGGCGGUGGUCCCAGCGACACAAAGUCGAGGAUGAGGAGGACUUCCAGAGUGCUCUGGGGUACUUGAUGGAGGCAGAGAAGCUUGUGGAUAUCUAUUGUCCGAGCUUCUGUCAUAUCUAUCACUCCAUUGUCGGUCUUCUGCGAGAAUCAUAUUUGAGCACCUUGAGGUUGGAGAGACUCGACAAGGCCAUUGCGUAUACCCAGAAGGCUACGGAGGCAAAAGUUGCUUCACCUACCCAGAGAGCAAUAUACCUCAGCGAUCUCGGGUUACACUGUAUGUUGAGGUAUAAUCGGCAAGCCCGCCUGCAAGACUUGGAAACCGCAUUAUCAGCGCACAGAGAAGCUGUUCGUCUCUAUCCUACAAGAGACUCCAGCAAGGCAGUUUUACUGGACCAGCUGAGUAACGCUUUGCAUUCCUAUUAUCUACGCACUCGGAAUUCAGCCAAGUAUCAUGACCCCGCAAUCAAAUAUCUCGAGGAGGCAGUCUUAUACGGCCAACAGUCGGUGGACAUCGAGAGGAGAAGCUUCAAUCUUGUUAAUCUUGCACAGAAAUUUGAUCAGCUGUUUGACGCGACUGGCGACAUAGAAGAGGAGUAUAUAAAGAAGGCGGCCGACCUAGUUUCCGCGGCGGCGAAGCUAAAGGAUCUCUCGCCGGAUGAACAAGGCCCAGUUCUUAAGACGCUUGGCAGAAUCGUCGCUCGAAAAUAUCACAAGUCACCGUCACACGUUUUACUCCAAAGAGACAGAGAUAGUUCGGAUAUCGAGUUUGCCUUGCAAACUCUUCUCAUGUGUGCUGAGUCGCCAGCUAUCCAACCUCUAGAAAGGAUAAGAGCUGCAAGAGAGGCUGGCGCUAUUUUAUAUGACCUUCGUCGCUACGAGGACGCAUGGGACUGUCUCAGGGAAGCCGUAGGGAAUAUACCCUCCGCUUCAGCAGUUCAUUUUGACCCCGAGGGGCAGCAAUACAUCAUAUCCCAACUGUCGGGUCUUGGGUCAGAAGCUUGCUCAGCUGGCCUGACGGCUGGAGCACCUCCUCUCAAGGCACUCUAUGUCUUGGAACAAGCAAGGGGGAUAUUGACCACAAAUCUACGCGGCGGUUCCGGAGAACUAGACGACCUGAAAUGCAAAGCCCCAAAUUUGUACGAGGAGUUUAGAAAUUUUCAGCAACAAGUCAUGCGCCCGUCGGAACAGCAAGUUCAGCUAGUCGAUCCGCUGGACUUAUCACAGAAACCCUGGACAGAUCCCCGCAUGAGCGCAAUCGAAGAACUGGAUAGAGUUGUCAAGUCAAUCCGCGAAACGGUUCCAGGAUUUCGCAAUUUUCUUACCAAACUCGAGCCUCACCACAUCACUGAACUUUCUGACGAAGACUAUAUCACAGUCCUCAAUACAAGCAUUUUUCGUACAGACGCCAUCGUCCUGAAGAGGGGCAGAGUUGGUGUCAUACCACUCUAUUGUCUUGAGCCGAUGUCAAUCAGUGGGCGUAGAUUACAAAUGGCCGAACACACCUUCAAACCGCUCUUGAAGUCCAUCCACAACCAAAGUAUAGAGCCCCACGUCCGGAACCACGACCUGACGCGGAUGCUCGAGCUUGCUUGGGUUUUCAUUGUGGAGCCAAUCUGUAGUGGCCUUGGUCUGAAAGAGCAUAUUCCCACCCCCGAUUGUCCUUUUGCGCCACGGGUUCUAUGGAUUCCCACAGGGAUAUUUGCCCAAAUUCCAUUGCAUGCCGCCGGCAAUUAUAGCAGUGGGAUUCUUACCGACUCGGCCACUGCAAGAAUAACCUCUUCCUACAUCGCGAGCUUCCGAAUGCUGCAACAUGUACGCUCACGAAGCCGCGGCAUUCAAACUGCAGGAAACAAUGGUGUGGUCUUGAGCACGGCAUCAAAGUCUUGGGCAUCACUUCCCAAGGGUAUCAGAAAAUACUUCUUGCCUUCCGCCGAUGUAGAGGCGGCGGGUGUCACGGACGCGGCCCGGUUUAUCCAGUGGGCUCAAAUGCCACGAGCUGUGAAAGCGCAAUUGCUUGACGUCCUUCCCAGCUGCAACUAUUUGCAUGUCAACUCUCACGCCGAGACAGACGUAGCUGAUCCAUCGCGCAGUCACCUGAUCCUGCUCGACGAGGCUGCUACAGAAUCUGAACCUGUCAUAGCAAGGCUCAGUGUUAAGGAGAUAUCUAGCGCUGUAGCGGAUAAGUCCAUCUUGGCCUUCCUUGCCGCUUGCUCAACAGCGUACGGAUCAGUACCCGAACUUCUUGACGAGGGUCUCCAGAUUGGGAACGCAUUUCAGCUGGCUGGAUUUCCCCACGUCAUUGCUUCGCUUUGGCCAGUCUAUGACUUCGUUUGUCCAACUCUCGCUCGCGAGUUUUACCAGUUCCUGAACGAUCACACCGACGAGCACGGGGGGAUAGGAAACGACGCCAUUUCCUGGGCCCUGCACCACGCUGUCUCUACAUUGAAAGAAGAGUACCUGGAUGAGCCGCUCAUAUGGGCACCCUUUAUACAUCUGGGUCCUAUGAGCAAAGAGGUUGACUGGGUAAAGUGGGGAAUGGACGAGUUCUGUAAGAAAAUUUUGUCCUCGAAAGCUGUUGGAGGUGGAGCUGCUAGAGCCGGUGAUGCUGCCCGCGGUGAUGCUGCCCGCGGUGAUGCUGCCCGCGGUGAUGCUGCCAACGGUGAUGCUGCCAACGGUGAUGCUGCCAACGGUGAUGCUGCCAACGGUGAUGCUGCCGACGGUGAUGCUGCCGACGGUGAUGCUGCCGACGGUGAUGCUGCCGACGGUGAUGCGGCCGACGGUGAUGAUGCCAGAGCUAGGGCUGUUGCUGCUGGAAGUGGAGCCGCCGGAGCCGGUGCUGUCAGAGCUGGUGUUGCCAGAGUUAUUGCCUGGCCCCGCGCGCUGGUGCUGCACCUGCUGCACUGGCUCGUCAACGCCAGCAGAGGCAUCAAUCGGGCGGAGGUGCCAGGCGGCAGACAAGUAACUGAUUGA